GGCAUUUUCUACAGAAGAUACCAGCGCCAGAGAAGAAAGCAAACCCCAAAUGGGUUUGUAAAGUUUGUCCAGAAAGGACAAAGGACAGACUGGGCUGCCGCGCUCUGGGAGGUGAGCUGCCCUCGCGGCGCUGAAAGGCGCCGGCCGAGGCGGACAGACCUCCCUGCCACGAGCCAGCCCCUCCACCCACUGCCUGAGUCUCAACCUCUGCCUCCGCCUCACGGGACUCACUUCUGCGCCCUUCACGGUGGAGGAGACGUCGAUGGCCAAUGCGACGGAAGAGGCGGGCGCCGACUCGGAAGACGACGCCCUCGAGACGCUCAGCGUGCUUCUAGUGGGCGUCUUCCUGUCGCUGGUGAUCUUCAUGUCGAUCGCGGGCAACGUGCUGGUGUGCGUGGCCAUCUACACGGACCGCGGGCUGCGGCGCAUCGGCAACCUGUUCCUCGCGUCGCUCGCCAUCGCGGAUCUCUUCGUAGCGGCGCUCGUCAUGACCUUCGCCGUCGUCAACGACCUGCUGGGCUACUGGAUGUUUGGCGCACAGUUCUGCGACACCUGGAUAGCCUUCGACGUCAUGUGCUCAACCGCCUCCAUCCUAAACCUUUGUGCCAUUUCACUCGAUAGGUACAUCCACAUCAAGGACCCCCUCAGGUACGGGCGGUGGGUGACGCGGCGCGUGGCGGUGGCGAGCAUCGCGGCCAUCUGGCUGCUGGCGGCGCUCAUCUCCUUCCUGCCCAUCUCGCUGGGCCUGCACCGGCCGCCGCAGCCGCUCACCUACCACGACGGCGCCACCGAGCACCCCACGUGCGCGCUCGACCUCACGCCCACGUACGCCGUCGUCAGCUCGUGCAUCAGCUUCUACUUCCCGACGCUGGUGAUGCUGGGCAUCUACUGCCGCCUCUACCUGUACGCGCAGAAGCACGUCAAGAACAUCCGCGCCGUGACGCGGCCGCUGCCCGCCGCCGCCGCCCCCAGCACCAACUUCGGCGCGACGGCCGACUCGGCCGACGCCGGCGCCGGCGGCAAGCAGCAGCCGCCCAUCGCCGCCAUGAGCUCGUCGCCGUACCACGUGUCCGACCACAAGGCGGCCAUCACCGUCGGCGUCAUCAUGGGCGUCUUCCUCAUCUGCUGGGUGCCCUUCUUCUGCGUCAACAUCGUAGCCGCCUUCUGCAAGACCUGCAUACCGGGAUUCGUAUUCAAGGUGCUGACGUGGCUGGGGUACUCCAACUCGGCGUUCAACCCGGUGAUCUACUCCAUCUUCAACACGGAGUUCCGCGAGGCGUUCCGGCGCAUCCUGACGGCGCACUACCGCACGCCGUGCUGCUGCUGCUGCUGCGCCGACGGCCGCUGCGGCUACGAGAGCGUCUCGAGCCGGCCGUCGCUGGCGGGGGCGGGCGGCCGCCGCGACGCCGUGCCCGGCCGGAGGCCCAAGGGCGCCGGCGGCGUCGGGGGCGGCGCCGGGGGCCGCAACGGCUCCUGCGGCCACCUGCGCGAGUGCAGCUCGCCGCGCUCCUCCGCCGGUUCGGCGGGCGUGCCCACGCCGCGCCAGCUGCGCGUCAACUCCACCGACAUCAUCCUGGACGGCGAGGAGGUCAGCGCCAUAUGA